AUGAGCGGCGGAACUGCCUUGAGUGAGUGCCCGUUCACCGUGUGCAGGAGCCUGCACCCCGACCACCUGUGGAUCUGGCGGCCCAGCGUGUUUGUGGACGAGAAUGAUCGCACCUGGCUGCCCAUCACCAACGAGACAGAAAGCAGCCUCCAAGUCCUCUUGCGCCAGAUCAAGGUCUCCCGCGGGGAGACCAUGCAGCCCAGCCGGCUGCCCCCCAGCAUGCUGCCCCUCAUGUGGCAGCUCUACCCUGGCAGGCGGUACCGCGCCUCCGACUCCAGCUUCUGGCGCAUCGUGCACCACAUCGAGAUCAGUGGCGUCGAGGACAUGGUCCUUGAGCAGCUGCCAGACCCAUAG